AUGACUUCUAUGCUCAUGAAGUCAGCACGCAUAUUCCACAGAAACCACCACAAUCAUGCAUUCAGCCAAGGCCAAAGCUCUCAGAGCCUGAGCGCUAGCUCUGCUCAAACUCAGACGCACAAUUUGGCAAGUCUAAGGGGUGGCACUCCUAGUCCAAACCCAGUGCCUCAAAGCUCUUAUACUAAUCAGGUCAAACAACACAGGGCGUCUGGCGCAUCCACGCCUUCUACUUCCCCAGCAAGACAUAUGACGCAGUCUCCUCCUCAUAAUCCAUCAGCACUUACGGCUGAGUCCAUUGAAACUGUGAGUGAUGAAGGGUCACUACUGAGUGGCGCCUCGGGUAAUGUGGACAAAGUCAAGAUCGAUUCUACAACGUUCAAAAUCGAGAAGCCUAAAGCUGUCGAACGGACGCUAAGUCCGGACGACUCGACCUCGUUGGGCUCUGGUCUGACUGGUGAAGGCUUGUUCGCAGCCAAAGAUUCAGCUAUCGAAUCAGGUGUGCUUUCGGUCACUGUAUUCUUGUUCGGUGGAUUUGUCAAAUACGUUGACGAGAAUGAAAGAACCGCUUUCAGAGCGACUAAUGAUCUUUUGAGACUCGAGCUUAUUAUUGAAGACGGCCAAGCAGGAAAGUUUCACAAGGAAGCCCUUAUCUUCGAUGCCACAGAUCGCAACAAAAAUUCCAUGUGGCCGACGAGGCGUGGCUUCUUCGCCUACGUGUUGGUAAACGUGGAUUCCAACAACGAGUCUUGCUCACUCCAGACCCUUGCUCAGGACCUCGUUGCCGAUGACGUCCCCAAGCCUCGUACUGAGGGAAACCAGGAAGUUCUCUCAACCAGCGAAAAGUCAACGAGAUCAAGCACACAAACAACUGAUAAUUUCUUAAGAAGGCGAGGUUUAAUGAUCCAGGGAGGUGUGGAUGAGAAUAAUCGUGUUUGCAGCGAUAUUUACAUCUUCAACUUCAACACUUCCAAGUGGCACAGACAGCAAAGUUAUGCUUACGACUACUACAACGAACCAAAACAGCCUUUCGAAGAUGAGCAAUGUGAAAAGCUCACUUUAGAAGCAGCAUCGAACAAUGCUCCAUUGGUGGAGGCCGAGCUUCGUGCCUGUCAUCACCAUGCGCUUCUCUAUGAGCAAGACAACAGAGAAUAUGUUCUCUUCGUUGGAGGUUUUGUGAACGAUUACCUCAGACAUUUCGACCCCGAGCCAUACGUUAGUGACCGGUACGAUGUCUCCAGACUCGCAAGAUUCUCCCUCACGACGACAAAUCCGAACUUACUAAGGGUACCAGCAUUGAAUCUCCGAACGCAAACAUGGAUAUUCAUGAGAUUCUUUUUCGAUUUACGAGAAAACAUAUCGGGCAGAACCAUGGACCUACUCAUGGGGAAUCCCAACUUCCGCAACUCCAGAAUGGUGUUCUACGGCGGAGGGUGCUCGAUCCUAGGAAAACAAAUUACCUUAUGCCAUGGCAUGGUGGAGUUUGUGUCAGAAAAAGCGGAAUACUUCGACAGGUAUAAAGACGAACUCAAGAUGUCUUCCCAACAGAAAAUCCAGGCUGCCGAGUCCGAGUUGGACAUGGUCACAGGCAUGUUCAACUCUCUCGUGGAGCAGUGUCACACCAAGUGUAUCAACAAGUCAUACGCCGAGGGCGACCUCAACAAGCAGGAGUCUCUCUGCUUAGACAGAUGUGUCUCGAAGUACUUUGAGACCAACGUCCAGGUUGGCGAGAACAUGCAAAAAUUGGGCCAGUCCGGUCAGUUCAUGGGAAGAAGAUAG